AUAUCUGUAUUUUUGCUAAUCUCAUAAAAUUGCGGAUUUUUCGUGCGAAAAAAUUGCAGUAGUAGUAAAAGAGUUUGAUUACACUUCUGUAGGUGUGUAUUGUAUUGUGGAAUCUUAAGUUAGAUUUGCUAUAUUGUCUCACAAAAAUUAAAAAAACAAAUAGGAAAGAAACAAAAAAAAAGGCCUCAGUCUGCCUCGUGUACAGUAUCCAGCAACAGAUACUCCACAUCCAACCAUCCUCAUCUCUCUACCACAAGAUCUUGGUACUCCUUCCGAGCCCCUUCCCCUCUCUUUCUUCCUCCUACUUCCUUCUCUGUCCGAGAGAGAGAGAGAGAGACAAGCAGACAAAGGACAGACAUUCAUUGCAGUAAGGGGGCCUCCCCACAGGCACAGAGAGAGACAAGACUCACCAGCGCAGCUCUGUCCUUUCUCACCUCCUUCGAGCUUUCACCAAGCACUUCUCACUCCCGGAACUGCACAUCCCAAGCAAAUCAAGAAUCUCCAGAUUCAAGUUUUCUUCGGCUCAGAGGAGGAGCCUCUCGUGGAGUCCUCGGCCAGGUUCACCAUCUCGCAUUGCCACCAAUUCCCUCACGACUCUGAGUGCUACUGAAAUGGGUUGGAGCAGGGGAGCCCAGUGUCUCCCUCCGCUCGUCUCCUGGAUUGUCACCGCUAUACUUCUAGUUUCUCCGGCAGCCCAUGCAGGUGCUGGUUCAGAUGCCGCGGUGAAGUUCCUGAAGGUCCCUUCGGCAUUCUCGUCAUCUUCGUCGGCUACGUUUCAGUUUGAGGUCACAGAGGGGGGGAAUGGCGGCUCAUGCCGCAACUGCAGUGUCAGCUGCAAGUUAGAUAACUACAGUUCCUCCACAUGUGAACUGAAAGAAGUUACAUACUCAGGCUUGCUUGAUGGAAAACAUAUGUUUGAGGUCUGCGUCAGUGGUUUUCGAAGAGUUCGCUGUGCUAGCUAUAACUGGACUGUUGAUACAGUUUCCCCUACUGCACACAUAUCUGUUCCAUCACCUUUCACAAAUGCUUUAAAUGUAUCAGUAAAUGUUACUUUCAGUGAACCUUGCACUGGUGGAGGUGGAUUUAGGUGUUCCUCCAGUAAUUGCAAUCUUCUCGUUUAUGGAGCUGGUCAUGUUUUACCAUCUACUCUCAAGGUUCUUCUUCCUGACCGAGAGUUUUCCCUUAUGGUCGGUAUAUCGGCUGAUGUUCAGUUUGGUCGAUUGGUACUGGUAAUGGAUAAGGGCUUUUGUACAGACAAUGCUGGAAACACUUUCAAACGAACAUCAAAUUCAAGUUUCAUAUUGCAUUUUGAUAGGAGAAGUGUCUUCAUGAACAUGACAACUCACAUCACACAAAGGUUACUUCAACUUAAUGGCGAGAUCAGAACAGCAGAGGCUACUAACACUGCGAAGGACUUGAGAAUUUAUUUAUCUUUCUCAGAACCAGUUCUAAAUUCAUCCGAAGAAAUUCUAGGUCUUCUUCAUGCAAGUAGUGGUUUACUUGUUCCGACAAAUAGAAAUAACCUUGGAAACCGCCGCUUUGGCUAUAUAGUGCAUAAUAUUUCAAGCAUGACUGUUGUUACUAUAACUUGUGAUGCUAACAAAAUAAUCAGCAGACAAGGGACUCCAAUUUCUCUAUCAGAUCCAAUCACAUUCCUCUAUGAUAAUCAAAGGCCUUCUGUACGUCUGAGUACAACUUUUCACAUGAGGACGAAACAUAAAAUACCGGUGCUGAUAAAGUUUAUGAAGCCUGUUUUUGACUUCAAUUCUUCUGCUAUACUUAUUUCUGGAGGAUCUAUGCAGAGCUUUCAUGAAGUAGCAAAGAGCACAUAUGUGAUUGAAGUCAAUGCCAAUAGUAGUCUCAUAUCUGUGGAAGUUCCUGAAAAUAAGACGACAGACAUUGCUGGAAACAAGAACCUACCAUCGAAUAUUCUACGAGUGAAGAACUAUUCCAGACCUACAAUAUCGUCAUUAGUUUCCAUAGUUGCUACUGUUGCACUUGCAAUGACGUCAGUGGUUGCAGCACUGCUAACUGUUUCAACCUCAAGCCUUCUAUCCUCUGGAACAAUUUCUAGACAGAAAUCACAUCUUGUUUCUGAACCAUCAAGGAAUCUUGUGAGAAUUUUGUGCCACAUCCAGGUCUUUGCACUCUGUAGGUGGUUGGUGGUCACCAUGCCCAUUGAAUAUUAUGAAUUUUCUAGGGGUAUUGAAUGGACUAUUCCAUACAUUCGUCUUCCAUGGGAAACAGGCUCCAAUUCAACUUUUGAAGAUUCAACAUUGACAUUUGAGACUUAUUCUGAAUUAUGGGAAACGAGCAAGCUGACAGCUUUCAAGUCCUCGUUAGUGACAAACCAAAUACCAGAAUUGAACCCUUUUGAACAUGGAAAGCCACUUACCCCAGGGGAAUACAUGUUAUUUCUUGAGAAUCAGAACAUGAAACCUGAAGCUGAAUUUAUUAUGAUUUCACGGAAUUCAGAUAGUAGGUGGAAGUAUUUUGGUAGAAACAUGUUCUGGUUAGCAGUACUUGGUGGUGGAUUGAUCUUUCUCCAUGUGGCAAUUCUUUGCAUUUUGAAAUUGAGGAAGAAGAAUCCGGAAAAGCAAAAAGAGUUUGGAGCCCUUGUAUUCCCAAGGUUCGAGAUAUUUUUGUUAUUGCUUGCAUUGCCAUGUAUAUGCCAGGCAUCUGCGGCAAUAAUUAAAGGGAGAACAUCUGCUGGUGUAGUUAUUGGAAUUAUACCCCUGGGCAUCGCCACAUCUUUCCUUAUUUCUUUGUUAUUGUUCCUCUCACUUGGCAUCACAAUGGGCAAGCUUCUGCAGUACAAAGAAGUUCAUCAAGAAGGACAGGAGUUCCAUUGGUACCAAGAGUUCGUUCGUGUAACUCUAGGUCCUGGUAAAAGAGGCCAAUGGACAUGGAAAGAUAAACAAAACUCAGUUAAUCUAACAAAACUAGGUCCACUAUUCGAGGACCUCCGAGGGCCACCAAAGUACAUGCUGACACAAAUCGCUGGUGGCAGUAAUCAAGCAAAACAUGAAGACCAAAUCAUUGCUUCUGAUGAUGAAACUGAGGAUGCAGAAGCUCCAUUCAUCCAGAAGCUCUUUGGCAUCCUCAGAAUUUACUAUACACUUCUGGAAUCGGUUAAACGGGUCUCUCUUGGAAUUUUGGCUGGUGCUUACUCAUCAAAUAAGCUUUCUAGAAUUCCUGUUCUGAUUGUUUUGUCCAUCACCUCUUUCCAAAUCUUCUUCCUUGUCUUGAAAAAGCCCUUUAUCAAAAAGAAGGUGCAGCUUGUGGAAAUUAUCUCAGUAGCUAGUGAAGUCGGUUUGUUUGGGGCUUGCCUUGCUCUACUGGAGAAUCACUUUUCUGAUGCAAAUGAGAGGAAAAUAGGGCUGUUUAUGCUGGCAAUGUUUAUCAUCAUGUUAACUGCACAACUGGUCAAUGAAUGGUAUGCAUUAUACCGACAAGUUAUUCGACUAAGCCUAACUAGGGUUUCAUUCUCUUCGGGCUUAAAGAGAGCUCUUGGUGGACUUGUCUUAAUUGUGCGACCGACAUGUCUGUCGACUGAACUGAGCGAGCAAUUAUCCUCCAGCCAUGGAGAAGGAGAUUCUGGAUCUACAGUUUCUCCUGUCAGUCGAAUCCAAAGAGCUUCCGACACGAGUGAAAGAUCAUGGCUGAGACAAUUAAGAGAACUUGCAAGGGCUAGCUUCAGCAGAGAAGAUGCAGGACCCCCUGUUGACCCUUCAAGCAGCACACGACAGAGAAGUGGGUUAUGGAGUGGAAAGAGAAGUGGAAGCUCUUCUGUCACAUCAUCCGCUGACUUCAAGUCAAAGGGUGACCUCAAGGCAAAGUCAAGAGGGUUGUAUAAGGAUUUGGAGGCCAUUUUCUCGGCCAAGUGAUGUUACCAACAACGAGCAUUCAUGGUGACAUGAGAUUCAACCAGGUAUUCUUGAGGGAGUGAGUUUAGAGCUCAAACAAAUUCCUGCUGAUGAAGAAGUACCAUGAUCCUGAUCUGAUGAUCUUCAGAAGGCCAAAACACAACUAACUGAAGGGAUCUUCAGAAACCUAUAAAACCAAAUGCAGUACUUUUUAGCUGAUUCUUGUGUUCUAGUUAUGCUUAUCUGAUCUAGGAUCUUAUUUUUUUUUGCAGCAGUGUAAUCCAUCAUUUCGCUGCAGUUGUUUAAGAUGUAUAGAAAAUGUUAUUUCACUACGGGAUCUGAGACAUAAUCUUGAAUUCUUUGUUGAAACUUGUACUCAUGCCCUACAAAGUAGAUAAUAUGUAGUGCUAACCUCC